AUGCUCAAGAACAUUCCAAUCCGUGCGUCUUUCGUUGGCGACGUUAGCAGCUACGAUAUGAGCAUCGGCGACCGUACCAAGCUCCACGUCCGCUUGCGCUUCUCCAAGAAAUUCGACUUCUACGCCACGAAUGGUACAUCAAUCACGAUUGGCAUUGGAGAUGCUGGGACCUACAGCACGUGGGACUAUGUCCAGGCAUGGUACAGUCCGAAGGCUUGUGUCGCCAGCAAAAAGGAAUGGGUCUGCGGGGCCAUCACUCGUUUCGGAGAAGACAGUCGGCUUAUCGGAUUCACAUGUUUGCGGGCUCUAAAUGAGAUGGAUGGCGUUAGCAAGGCGAGCUCUGGACGAGACCUGAGUAGUAGUUUGACUGGCGACCAUAUGCCGGUAGCAUCUGCAUCUUCGCACAGAGAAGAAUCGGUGCCAGAAGCUGAAGAGCACGGAGAUUCUAUUGUUUACGGCAUCACGUCUCCGUCAGAAAGUAUGCAGUAAGCAUUGGAUUCGUGCUGCGCUAUGCUUUUCGCUGAUGCAAUCAUUUCACAGCAUCGUCGACAACUUCGGAUGUUGCGAGGCCUCGGAAAUCCAACGGCUUGAGACAAUUGGUCUUCAAACCGCAGAAUCUCGCCAAAUUUGGCAAAUCCUUGCCAGCAAAAGAGCCAAAAUCAAGUCGGGGCUCUGAGAAGAAGCCGGGGUAA